AUCGGUGAUUUUUAUGAAGUUUCAGACAUGAAACGCUGGCGGAUGAGUGUAGACAAGCAGGACUCGCUGCUGAAGCUGAUGAUACUCAGCCUCGCUGCGAUCCUGUCGUUCUCCUCGCGCUUGUUCUCAGUGCUUCGGUUCGAAUCCGUUAUCCACGAAUUUGAUCCCUACUUCAACUAUCGCACAACCAAGUUCCUGUCCGAAGAUGGCUUCUAUAGUUUUCACAACUGGUUCGAUGAUCGUGUCUGGUACCCACUUGGACGCAUCACUGGGGGAACAAUUUAUCCGGGCUUGAUGGUGACGUCGGCCACGCUCUACAACGUCCUCCACUGGCUGAACUUCACUGUGGACAUAAGAAACGUGUGCGUGUUCCUCGCUCCGUUUUUUAGUUCGCUGACAACGAUCGUCACUUACCACUUGACUAAAGAGUUGUCGAAUCCCGGCGCGGGACUCGUGGCAGCGGCGAUGAUCUCCAUCGUACCUGGUUACAUUUCCCGCUCCGUCGCCGGGUCCUACGACAAUGAAGGAAUUGCAAUUUUUUGCAUGCUCUUUACUUACUAUGCGUGGAUCAAGGCCGUGAAGACGGGAAGUCUCAGCUGGUCCGUGAUUUGCGCGCUUGCGUACUUUUACAUGGUGUCGUCGUGGGGAGGAUACGUGUUUCUCAUCAACCUAAUUCCUCUUCACGUGCUUGCCCUGAUGAUCUCGGGGAGGUUCUCCCAUCGGGUUUAUGUUGCGUACACGACGCUGUAUUGCACUGGCACAAUUUUGUCAAUGCAAAUCCCUUUCGUGGGAUUCCAGCCCGUGUUGACGUCGGAGCAUAUGGGGGCAUUGGGAGUUUUCGGACUCGUGCAACUGCACGCGUUGGUGGACUACGUGAAAACGAAGAUGUCCACUGAAGACUUCAAUGUAGUGUUCCAAUCUGUGAUCAGCACUGCUGUCGUGCUUCUUCUCGGCGUCGCGGCUGUUCUCACGUUCAGCGGGAAAAUUGCGCCGUGGACGGGACGGUUUUACUCCCUGUUGGAUCCGUCGUACGCCAAGAACAAUAUUCCAAUCAUUGCUAGUGUUUCUGAGCAUCAACCGACUGCCUGGUCCUCGUUUUACUUUGACCUCCAGCUGCUUGUGUUCCUGUUCCCGGCUGGGUUGUAUUUCUGCUUUGCGAACCUCUCGGAUGCCAACAUCUUCAUCAUUUUGUAUGGCAUGACGUCGGUUUAUUUUGCAGGUGUGAUGGUGCGUUUGAUGCUGGUUCUUGCCCCUGUGAUGUGCAUCCUGUCUGGGAUCGGCGCCUCGACCCUGCUCAGCAAAUACAUGAAGGGCCUGGAAGCGAGUAGUCCGCCUAGUGCUGGAGCCAGCGAGAAGAAGGCGAAAAAGAGUGACCCGCAGUCGUUUCUGAGGCACGAGAUUUCCUUGGCAUUUGUGGCCAUGAUGACGUUCAUGUUUGUCACCUACGCCCUGCAUUGUACUUGGGUGACGAGCGAAGCCUACUCGUCGCCGUCCAUUGUGCUCUCUGCGCGGGGCCACGACGGAUCGAGGAUCAUUUUUGACGACUUUAGGGAAGCUUAUAACUGGCUGAAGCAUAACACUCCGGAGGACGCGAAGGUGAUGUCGUGGUGGGAUUACGGCUAUCAGAUAACCGCAAUGGCGAACAGGACCAUCAUAGUUGAUAAUAACACGUGGAACAACACACAUAUUUCGAGGGUUGGACAGGCGAUGGCAUCUCCGGAGGAUAAGGCCUAUGAAAUCAUGCGGGAACUGGACGUGGAUUACGUGCUGGUCAUUUUCGGCGGGCUUACUGGUUACUCCUCCGACGAUAUAAAUAAGUUCCUUUGGAUGGUGAGGAUCGGCGGAAGCACUGAGACUGGCAAGCACAUAAAGGAGGCCGACUUUUACACGCCUCAGGGCGAGUUUCGAGUCGACAAGGAAGGAUCGCCGACGUUGCUCAACUGUCUCAUGUACAAAAUGUGUUAUUACCGCUUUGGGUCUCUCUACACCGAAGGAGGAAAACCUCCUGGAUGGGACCGAGUUCGUGGCGCGGAAAUUGGCAACAAAGACUUCGAACUCGACGUGCUCGAAGAAGCCUAUACCACGGAACACUGGAUUGUGCGAAUCUUCAAAGUCAAGGACUUACCCAACCGGGGCGCUUGAGUUCCGCCGGAAUGAAUAAAUUUUAAAAAAUUUUAAAGCCGUGGGGAAGCAAAGAAGAUAAGAAAAAAACCAGGUUCAGAAAUGUUUGAAUAAAUAUUGAAAUGAGGGGAAAGAUGAUAUAUAUUUUGUCUCUUAAUGCUCAGGAUCUCCUCACGGCUUUUUUUUUCUCUUUUCUGGUUUUGAAUCUGUGUCCUUUGUGUAUUUUGCUUUGUGGAUGCGAGUUUGUUGCAGUGCGGUGACAUGCACUCCAAGGCAUUGGUUUUACUUGUUUUUUUUGGUUGACAUUCCUAGGUCUGUUCACUUAUUAUAUUGUUGGUGCGUUCGUUGUGUCCCGGCGGGAGAGGAGAGAGAGCGAUGAACAAGCGGGAUGGAGAGAAA